UUUUUUUUUUUUUUUUUUACACUGGUGCAUUAAGCAAGCUAUCAGUAAAAUAGGCAGACUGAGGCGCAUAAAAUACACUGAGGAAAAUUGCCAGUUAUUGUGAUGGCUACAGCAAGAACAGCAAACCCAGCGCAGAUGAUUGGAUUGAACAAACCAGCAAAUGGGCAACUCAGAGGACAGGCAGCACUUCUUGCAGCUGCCCAACAACCCAGUGCCCCCCAGAAAAGGACCAGCAUUCCUCAAAGCAGUGGGGGCAUCAAGUUUGGUGACGAUUGGAAGAAGUGCCUGGAGCUUCCUCCAAAAGACACCAGGAUGAGAACCGCGGAUGUGACAUCAACUAAGGGAAAUGAAUUUGAAGACUACUGCCUAAAACGGGAACUGCUAAUGGGAAUCUUUGAAAUGGGAUGGGAGAAACCAUCCCCUGUCCAGGAGGAGAGCAUCCCCAUCGCUUUGUCAGGCAGAGAUAUUUUGGCUCGGGCCAAGAAUGGCACGGGGAAAAGUGGAGCCUACCUCAUCCCUCUCCUGGAGAGGAUAGACCUGAAGAAGGAUCACAUACAGGCCAUAGUAAUGGUGCCAACAAGAGAGUUGGCCCUGCAAGUGAGCCAGAUCAGCAUUCAGCUCAGUAAGCACCUAGGAGGGGUUAAGGUCAUGGCUACCACGGGUGGCACCAACUUGAGGGAUGACAUCAUGCGUCUUGAUGAGACAGUGCAUGUAGUGAUUGCUACACCGGGCAGGAUACUAGACCUAAUCAAGAAGGGUGUGGCGAAAAUGGAUAAGGCCCAACUGAUUGUGAUGGAUGAAGCAGAUAAACUGCUGUCCCAGGACUUUGUGGUCCUGAUUGAAGAUAUAAUCAGCUUCAUGCCGAAGGACCGCCAGAUCCUGCUUUACUCUGCCACUUUCCCAAUCAGUGUACAAAAGUUUAUGAACAAACACCUGAAGAAGCCGUAUGAGAUCAACUUGAUGGAAGAACUGACCUUGAAGGGCAUUACUCAGUACUAUGCCUAUGUGACUGAAAGACAGAAGGUCCACUGUCUCAACACACUUUUUUCUAGGCUGCAGAUCAAUCAAUCUAUCAUCUUCUGUAACUCCACCCAGAGAGUUGAGCUUCUGGCCAAGAAAAUCACCCAACUGGGUUAUUCAUGCUUCUACAUUCAUGCAAAGAUGAUGCAGGAAUACAGGAACCGUGUGUUCCACGACUUCAGGAAUGGAUUGUGCAGAAACUUGGUCUGCACAGACCUAUUCACUCGGGGAAUUGACAUUCAGGCAGUAAAUGUGGUCAUCAAUUUUGACUUCCCUAAAAAUGCAGAGACCUACCUGCACCGCAUUGGCAGAUCAGGGCGUUUUGGUCAUCUGGGUCUGGCCAUCAAUUUGAUCACUUCAGAGGACCGCUACAACCUGAAGAACAUUGAGGAUCAGCUUGUCACUGAUAUAAAGCCCAUCCCCAGCAGCAUUGAUAAGAGCCUGUAUGUGGCAGAGUUUCACUCUGUUGACCCAGAUGAUGACGAGAAUGACUAUGAUGACCACGGUCGAGCCAAAAAGAAGGAACUGGGAGGAAUCUGAGUGAAUGGAGAAACGCGGCGCCUGGCAUUCAUGACACAAUAUUGGCUAUGCAUCCCACAAGAUUCCAAGGGAUGAUUUCUGUUCCCUAGUUUGUCACCCAAAUGGUCCAUUUUGAGUCUACAGGAAUCUCCAGUUCUGUCUGUGCACAUGUUAGUAAACUGCUAUCUUCCCACUGCCACUUCAAUCAGUUCUUACUGCCAGAAAUGGUCACUGUACAUGUAAUUUGGGCUAUUGCUUAAGUCUGUCAUUGAACUUUUGACAAUAGACGGACAUUGUCAUUGAUUAUUUUCUUUAUUUUUAUUUUUUUGCUGUAAUAAUGAAAAUGUAAAACCAAAGGUAGACUUAGAGGAUAGAGCCCAGCUCACGUCCUUGCUGUGCAGAUGAACUACAUAUGGCAGUGUGCACAUGCUGCUGCCAUUCCUUUUCAGUAGAUGCCCCCCCCCCCCUUUAACUAUUUUACAAAAUGGUUACUUUAUUGAUGAAUUCUUGCUGUGGAUUCAACAACAUGCUGGAAACAUUACUUAGACAAGUUCAUGUUGAGAUGAUGGCCUCAUGCAGUUGCUGCAGAUUUGUCAGCUGCCCAUUCAUGCUGCAGAUUUUGUGUUUAACCCCAUCUCAAAAGUGUUAAUUUAAAUUGAGAUCUGGAGACUAUUUCAGUAGACUCAUUGUCAUGUUUGAGAUGAUGCGUUUUGUGAUGUGGCGUGAUGUUCUGCAAAGACAUAGCCAUUAGAAGAUGGGGAGACUGUGCUCAUAAAGGGAUGCACAUGGGGCAGGAUCAAUACUCAAGAAGGUUUUGGCAUUUAAACGAUGCUUUGUUUAUAUUGAAUGGGCAAAAGUGUGCCCAUUAGUGUGCACAUUACACUGCCAUCAUCAGCCUGAAAUUUUGAAUUUAUCUUUACACCAAAUUCUGACCCUAUGUCCCUGUUGCAGCAGAAUUUGAGAUUCAAAAGACCUGUCAAAAUUUUUCCAAUCAUCUGCUGUGCGGUGUUGGUGAGCCAAGUCUACUCUUGCCUCAAUUUUCUUUGUCUGCAAACCUUUGCUAUAACAUGGUUAUUUGUUACUGUCUCCUUCCUGUCAGCUUGAACCAGUCUGGCCAUUUUCCUCAUUAACGAGGCCCUUUUGCCGUCACAGCCGCCACGCGUGAGGUGUUUUUUUUUUAUAUUUCUUUUUGUGCCUGUAAACCCUAUAGACUUGUAUGCAAAAAUCCCAGGAGAUUAGCACCAGCAAUCAUUCCACUGACAGUCACUUAAAGUAUGUUUCUUCACUAUUCUGUUUGGUCAGAAUAACUGAACGGUUUAACCAUGUCUGCAUGCUUUUAUGCAUUGAGUGGCUGAUUUAGAUACUUGCAUCAAUGACUAGUUGCACCUAUUAAUGUGGCCACUGAGUUUACCUUUUGUUAUCAUUCCAUGUUGGUCAUAAAAAACCUUUUGCUCACCAACCUAAUUGCUGACUUUGAUGCAGUGGUAAAAUAAGAUUGUGUGUACACAUGUCCAUAGUGUAACCAAAUUAACGUCUUUCAAAAGGUAACCAAAGUUGGAAGAGUAGACAGAUUUACUAAAGUAAGAAUAAAGAUGGCUUCAGUAACCAAAAUGUCAACUUUGCUCUGAAUGUUUAAAAGAGGGCUGCUAUGGUGUGCCAGCACAGAGCACCUGAAAGUGUUGCUGAUAAUGAACUUGCUAGUUUUUUUAAAAAGAAUAUUAGUCUUUACUACAGAACACAUUUAAAUAUGACAGUGUAAUGUCAGUGACACUAUAGUGCUGUUUGUCAAAGCACAGAUUCAGUAGCAACCAUAAGUCAGUAUUUAAUUGGGAAAUUCCUAUUCCUUAAGCCAUAGCGCCAGGCAACAUUUUCUCAGGUAUUGAGGUUAUCAGUAAUUAACAAGAUGAGGGGUCUAGAUUCUGAGUCCCUUCUUCCCUCCCAAGUGCCUUAGUCUAACGUCAAACUUGUACUUCGCCAAGGCUCUUGUCCCAAGAUUGUAUUGAAGGUAAAAUGGCCCUCAAAUAAUUCCUUUUAUUAGUUUAUCAGUUUUGAAAGCACAGUUAAAGUCGGAAGGAUUUUCAGUUUUUCCUUUUUAUUUUUAAGAAAUGCAUUUGUCUCAUGAGGAAUUAACAUGACCAGUUGUCUGACUAUAUUACAUCAUUGUACUUCUUGACUUCAGCACAAAAAAUACAUGUAUUUCAGAUUUAAAACAAUACUGUGAAAAUUUAGGCCAACUUCUUUGUUUUCUUUGCUGACCAUUUUGUCACUGCCAAGCACCAGCAGGAGUCUGGAGUGCCCUUGUUGACAGAUUUUUGGUUCCCUAAUUCUUUUAGCCUUAGUACAGGCAACAGUACGUGACCAUGAGUGGAUUUGUAACUUGAGACCAUUUUUUCCAUCACUGUAUUCAGAAGAACUUAAUACCUUCUUGACUUGAUGACCAGAUGCUUUUAGUAGACAGCCAACAAUUUUCUGUUAAAUUUGCCAAUGCCAGCGCCUAAAACAAAUUAAAGUCCAACUGACUAAC